AUGUACGUGUAUUUAUUCGUUCUUCUAACUAUCGUUGCUGCUGAAGACUAUUACAAAUUACUAGAAGUGUCACCAGAAGCAAGUGACAAUGAUAUCAAGAAGGCCUUUAGAAAGCUCUCCGUGACUUAUCAUCCAGACAAAAACCCAGGAGACAAGCAAGCCACAAAGAGAUUCCAAGAUAUCAAUAAGGCUUAUGAAAUACUGACAGAUCCUGAAAAAAGAAUGAUCUAUGACUUCUAUGGUGAGGAAGCCCUUACAAAUCCACAAAAUUAUAAUCGAUAAAAAGGUCCUAAUGCUUAAGCUGAAAUUCAUGUUACUCUAGAAGAAUUAUAUAAUGGCACAGAUAGAGAAUUUACUUUGCAAAAGAAAGUCUUAUGCAAGUAGUGUAAAGGAACUGGAUCUAAAGAUGGAACAUUAAAAAUCUGCAAGCAUUGCAAUGGUAGAGGUUAGAGAAUGCAAAAUGUCAACAUGGGUAUAGGAUUCACUGUCUAAAUGCAAACUGCAUGUGACAGAUGUGGAGGAAGAGGUAAGAUUAGUUCAGGAAAUUGUUCUAAUUGUAGAGGAAAUAGAGUCUAAUAAACGUCAAAGACAUUACAAAUAGAGGUAGAAAGAGGCAUGACUGAUGGAUAAACCAUUGUUUUCAGAGGAGAAAGCGAACAGAGUCCUGAUUAUUUCCCAGGAGAUGUCAUCUUUUAUUUAAGAUAAAUGAAACAUCCUCUAUUUGAAAGAAGAGGCAACGAUCUGUACAUGGAUAUGGAAAUCACAUUAAAGGAAGCCAUUUUAGGAUUUAAGAAGAGAGUCAAGCAUUUGGACAAUCACUAUGUUGAGGUCGAAAGCAAUAAAAUUAUCUAACCAUUUGAAGUCAAGUAAAUUGCUUAAGAAGGUAUGCCAAUUCAUUAGCUCCCAAGUGUUAAAGGUGAUCUGUAUAUAAAAUUCAUUGUUAAAAUGCCAGCAAAAUUAAGUGAACAAGAAAAAGAAUUUAUUAGGAAAAUAUUUGCUUGAAAAUAUAACAUUAUUUUAUUACAAAUUUUUUAUUUACAUAGAUUAAUUUAUAU